AAACGGAUUACAUUUUUGCCAAAAUGAACCUUAAAGGAGCUCAUAGUUUUUUUGUCUUAUAUUUUCAACGACCCAAAGUUCAUGGAUUUGCUUAUUUUGGUUUUCGGCAGUUAAUGUUUCUAGAAAAGAUAUUCUGGUUUACAUUUUUGACCGCCGCAUAUUCAGCAACAAUUAAACUGAGUUUUAGAUUUCUUGAUCGAAACCAAACGCGAAGCACCGUUUUAACAAUUGAACGCGACCACUAUUUCUGGAAUAUCACUUUGUCCAGUUUGACAAUUUGUCCGGUAAGAAAUCGAAUUGACAGUGAUUUAUUUGAACAAUAUUGCAAGGAAAAUGAUAUUGGCGGCAGAAGAGUAGAAUUUUUUGCGUUCAUGGAAUCGCUGGCAAAUGCAUCUUAUGAAUCAUUCGACUUGAUACAGCACAACAACAGUAUUGAUAGUUUGAAUAUCGAUCCGGAAGAUUAUAUGAUGUUAAUUUAUAACUUGACACAAAAUCACGUACUUAAAGGAGAUGGCGAUUAUCAGAUACAAGCAUACCGAGACUCUGAUUAUAUUAGAAUUGAACAAGUUUUAACCGAAAAGGGCAUUUGUUAUACAACGAACAAUUAUACGAUUGGAUUCAAGGACGAUGUUAUAGUAAGUCUAAUUUAUGUACUAUAUCUAAUAGAUGUACUUAACGAAUAUGUCUUAUUAAAAAUUAAUAGAAGUACCAAAAUCGCCCAACGUCAUUGUCGAUUCAAUUCUGAAUCGAAUCUCACACACUACACGAUAUACACCGAACAAUUGUGCGUACAAGAAUGUCGCUUGGAAUUGGUUUAUAGUUUAUGCGGAUGCAUUCCACACUUCUAUCCCAACCGAUUAUUAAAUCCAAAGCCGGUUUGUUCGUGGAAAAUACUAAUUCCAUGCUAUUGCUUACAAAAUUGUGUCGACUCCAUUAUUGGCAUCACGAAUAUUGGCCGUGGUACUGAUCAACAUGCAUUACUCAGAUCAAAUGGUGGAAGUGUGUCUAUGAUUGAAUAUCCAACACUUCGUUAUAAACGGAAGGUUCUGUUUUCGACGAUAAAUUUGUUUAUAUCUAUUGGUUGCACUGCGUCAUUUUUCACUGGAUUCUGUGUGCUUGGCAUCAUUGAGAUUGUACACUUUUUUACAAUACGUCUAUUUUGGCAUGUAUUCGGCAGAAAAAUUUGA